UUAUACAGUUAUACUUGUUCUGUUGUCACAUUCCUUGUUUUCCUGUCCACUCCACUCUCGAGUCAACCCAAGUCAAACCCUCUUUCCGUUUAAUCGCCGACAUGGCUUCCGGCGAUUCAGACUCCAAUACGUUGUCCGUUGUGUCGAUUGAUGAAGAGGGUCAUCACGGUUCUGAUGAAAAAAACCCCACACUCAUUGCUAGACAGUAUCAGACGAAGCUCUGCCAGAAAGCUUUGAGUGAAAACACAAUAGCCUAUCUGGGAACUGGUUGUGGGAAGACUCACAUUGCUGUUCUUUUAAUUCAUGAGAUGCGACACUUGAUAAAAAAACCCCAGAAUAACAUUUGUGUCUUUUUAGCUCCUACAGUUGCUCUGGUUGAGCAGCAAGCCAAAGUCAUCAAAGACUCGAUUGACGUUAAAGUUGGCAUCUACUGCGGGAGUUCUAAGCAUCUGAAGCGUCAUACCAAUUGGGAGAAAGAAUUAGCACAGCAUGAGGUUCUUGUCAUGACCCCUCAAGUACUCUUACAGAAUUUAUCACACUGCUUCAUCAGGAUUGAAUUGAUCGCGCUUCUAAUUUUUGACGAGUGCCAUCAUGCACAAGCUGUGAGCAAUCAUCCUUAUGCUGAAAUCAUGAAGGUAUUUUACAAUAGUAAUGCAACAAAGCUUCCUCGUGUAUUUGGCAUGACCGCAUCUCCAAUAUUGGGAAAAGGUGCUUCUGUCAGUGGCCUUGAGUCUUUACUUCGUGCUAAGGUUUAUUCUGUUGAAGACAAGGAAGAACUUGAACGGUUUGUGACAUCUCCUAAAGUUAGUGUAUAUUAUUACACUACAGCGGCGGAUGGACCAUCUUCCCCUCUAGUUUACUAUAGUAAACUAGAGGGGAUAAAGUCCCAGUGUGUAUCAACACUGGUAGAAAAUAUAAGCGACAUGGAUAGCCUAAAAACCUCCAAAAAGAUGCUUCAGAAACUGCACACUAAUUUGUGUUUCUGUGUAGAGAAACUUGGUGUUUGGGGAGCAUUCCAGGCUGCUCACAUACUCUUAAAGGGUGACUUCGUGGUGCAAAAUGAACUACUGGAGAUGGAAGGACAAAAUGAACGGAUGGAGAUGGGAGAACAGAGCUCUCAUGUCUCUAUAUGCGACAAAUAUCUUUCUCAAGCUGCCAUUAUGUUUUUGUCAGAUUGCCAAAAAGAUCACACCAAAAAGAAGUUAAAUUCACCUGAAGUCCUACAGGAGCCCUUUUUCUCCAAAAAGCUCUUGCAACUUAUUGACAUACUUUCCAAUUUUAGGUCCCAGCAGAACAUGAAAUGUAUUAUUUUUGUCAAUAGAAUUGUUACUGCCAGGUCCUUGUCAUCUAUACUUCAGAGCCUUAAAGUUCUAUCAGCUUGGAAAUGUGAUUAUUUGGUAGGAGUCCACUCUGGACUAAAAAGCGUGUCGCGAAAAUCUACUAAUGCUUUGCUUGCUAAAUUUCAAUCCGGUGAGAUAAAUUUGUUGGUUGCAACUAAAGUUGGGGAGGAAGGUCUUGAUAUUCAAACAUGCUGCCUUGUAGUAAGGUUCGAUCUCCCGGAAACUGUUGCCAGUUUUAUACAAUCUAGGGGACGUGCACGCAUGCCUCAGUCAGAAUAUGCAUUCCUGGUAGACAGUGGCAAUGAGAAGGAGCAAAAUCUUAUCGACAGUUUUUCUAAAGCUGAGGAUAAAAUGAAUGAAGAAAUUGAAUUUAGAACAUCUACUGCCACAGUUUGUGAUACAGACGAGAAAACAUACAGAGUAGAAUUGACGGGUGCCACAAUCAGUUCUGGAAGUAGCAUUUCAUUGCUUUACCGCUAUUGUUCGAAACUUCCGCAUGAUGAAUUUUUUAAGCCCAAGCCAGAUUUCUCAUACUUUGACGAGGCAGAUGGAACUGUCUGCCAAAUAAUUCUUCCCUCCAAUGCUCCAAUUCAUCAAGUGUCAAGUGCACCUCAAUCUUCUAAGGAUGCAGCGAAAAGAGAUGCCUGCUUGGAAGCAUGUAAACAAUUACAUCAGUUGGGUGCUUUAACCAACUACCUCUUACCUGAACAAGAUGUUGAAAAUGAGGACCUUGAGUCCUUAUCAGAUUCUGACUGCUCUGAUGAUGAGGAUACAAGAAGAGAACUUCAUGAAAUGCUUGUUCCUGCUGUCCUGAAAGAGCCAUGGAGCAAGGCAGAAGAUUAUGUCUACCUCACCUCCUACUUUGUGAAGUUUAGACCGCUUCCACCAGAUAGGGAUUAUAAACCAUUUGGUCUGUAUGUGAAAGUAUCUCUUCCUGGAGAAGCUGAAAGAAUGAAACUAGAUCUUCAUUUGGCACGUGGUAGAUCUGUAGUAACAGAGCUAAUACCAUCCAGGACUAUGCUAUUUAGUAGAGAUGAGAUAGCUUUGGCUGAGAAGUUCCAGGAAAUGUUCCUCAAGGUCAUCAUUGACAGAUCAGAGUUCAACUCUGAAUAUGUUCCCUUGGGAAGAAUUGAUUUUGAUAUAUUGGCUCCUAGAACAUAUUACCUUAUGCUUCCUGUAAUCUGGAAUGAAUAUGAGGAAGCAAUGAUUGUGGACUGGAACCUUGUCAUGAGAUGUUUAUCGUCGCCGAUAUUCAACAUGCCAGAAGUUGCCAAGGCUAAUGGCCUUUCUCAACCUAGCGAGCUAUUGCAUCUUGCUAAUGGCCCUAAAAGUGUCCAUGAUGUUGUGAAUAGCUUGAUUUAUGUUCCAAGCAAGAAAUUGUUCUAUUUCGUUUCUGAUGUUUUGUCAGAGAAGAAUGCAUACAGUGACUAUAAAGCAUCAAAAAGUCAUGUUCACCACUUCUCUGAAAAGUUUGGCGUUCAUCUUUUACAUCCCAGACAAGCUCUUUUAAAAGCAAAGCAGCUCUUUUGUUUGGAGAACUUGCUACGAAAGAAAGGAAAUUUGGAAUCACGAGAAAAAGAGGAGCACUUUGUUGAAUUACCUCCUGAAAUUUGUGAACUAAAGAUAAUUGGGUUUUCGAAAGAUAUUGGAAGUUCAUUAUCUUUGUUACCAUCAGUCAUGCAUCGUCUGGAAAGCUUGCUUGUUGCUUUUGAGUUAAAAGAUUUACUUUCUGUCUCAUUUCCCGAGGGAGCUGAAGUAUCCGCUUCUCGUGUCCUUGAAGCACUUACAACUGAGAAAUGCAAUGAACACUUCUCUCUUGAAAGGCUCGAAGUUCUUGGUGAUGCAUUCCUCAAAUUUGCAGUUGGCAGGCGUCUUUUUCUCUUGCAUGAUGCCUUGGAUGAAGGACAGCUUACUAGAAAACGUUCAAGUGUCGUAAAUAAUUCCAAUUUAUUGAAGCUAGCGGUAGCAAACAGAUUACAGGUAUACAUACGCGACCAAUCAUUUGACCCAUGUCAAUUUUUUGCAUUGGGUCGACCUUGUUCUGUAGUUUGUAGCGCUGAAACUGAAAAGAGUAUUCAUUCAUCACAUUGUAGUGGGGCGGAAAAUUCCGAUAUAGAAUUAAGAUGCACCAAAUCUCAUCACUGGUUGCAUAAGAAAACCAUAGCAGAUGUUGUGGAAUCUCUUGUCGGCGCAUUUAUAGUUGAUAGUGGCUUUAAAGGUGCAGCUGCAUUUCUUAAGUGGAUGGGUAUAAAAGUGGAAUUUGAAGAUUCGAAGGUUAGCCAUAUUUGUUCAGCAAGUUCGAUCUAUUUACCACUUGCUGCUCAAAUAGAUAUAGCUGCUCUUGAAGAUUCUAUAGGAUAUCAAUUUAACAAUAAAGGUUUGCUUGUGCAAGCUUUUGUCCAUCCAUCAUAUAGCUAUCAUUACGGAGGCUGUUAUCAGAGACUGGAAUUUUUAGGAGAUGCUGUCCUGGAUUAUCUUAUCACUUCCUAUCUCUAUUCAGUCUAUCCAAACCUGAAGCCUGGCCAGCUGACUGAUUUGAGAUCCACAUGUGUAAACAAUAUUUGCUUUGCUAACAUUGCAAUAAGUCGGUCAUUCUAUAAAUAUAUUAUAUCUGAGUCUAGUGGCCUCUGCAAGUCCAUGGAGAAAUAUGUCUUGUUUUCUAGGACACAUCAGCUUGAUGGAAAUUUGGUUGAAGUGCCCCCAUGCCCUAAAGCUCUUGGAGACUUGGUGGAGUCAUGCAUCGGUGCCAUUCUUCUGGACACGGGAUUCAAUUUAAACCAUGUUUGGAAGACCAUGCUUUCCUUUCUUGAUCCCGUCAUCAACUUUUCUGGAUUACAGCUUAAUCCCAUUAGAGAACUUCAAGAACUUAGUCAAUCCUACAACAUGGAAUUGGAAUUUGCAUCUUCCAAGAAGGAUAACACUUAUAUUGUUGAUAUAAAAGUGAAGGGGAAGAAUGUUUGUGAACAUUCUUGUGCUAGCAACAUCAGCAAAAAAGCUGCCAAAAGAAGGGCUGCGAAGCAAGUAAUUCGGAUUUUGAAGGAGCUUGGUUACAAACCCAAGAGUAAAUCGUUAGAGGAGGUUUUGAAGUCGACCCACAAGGUGGAAGCAAAAUUAAUUGGUUAUGAUGAAACACCGAUAGAUGUUAAUGCUCAAUAUGCAAUUGCUCGCAAUGAAAAGAUACCAACAGAUGUUAGCUCUCCAUAUGCCGCAAUUUGUUCCAAUGAGACGGCAACAAAUGUGAGAUCUCCAAAUGCCGCAGUACUUGAUAACUUGAAGGUGCAGGAUUCACGUACAAGUGGUGCUUCAUCAUCCAAUGUGCAUUCACUUGGUGUAGAACCACAUAGAUCUGGAGGCAUCAAUAUCCAACCAAUUAUGCCAAUGUCAUCUCUUUGUGAUACUCGUAAAUGCCAGCCUACAGUCAAAAAAUAUAGUGAUAGCUGCUAUAGUGAGUCUCAGACUCCAGGCCUUUCAAUGAAGAAGUCAGCAAAGUCACUUUUGUUUGAAAUUUGUGCGGCCAACUGUUGGAAACCGCCUGUAUUUGUAUGCUGCAAGGAGACAGGGGCAAGUCACUUGAAAGAGUUUACUUUCAAGGUGAUCGUGAAGCCUGAUAGUUUGGAAAAAUGUUUGAUUGAAGCAAUCGGCAAACCAGCUGGUAAAAAGAAAGAAGCUGCAGAGCAUGCAGCUGAAGGGGCUGUUUGGUUGUUGAGAAAUCAUUAUGGAAUUUUAAAGCCCAAGGCGGAGCUGUCGUUCUUUGAUGAUGCAGAUCGAUCUGUCUGUCAAAAAAUUCAUCCUUCCGACCCUCCAACUAAUCAAGUGUUAUGUGCACCUCAGUCUUCUCAGGAUGCAGCAAAGAGAGAUGUCUGCUUGGAAGCAUAUAACCAAUUGCCUGAACAAGAUGAUGAAAACGAGCACAUGAAAUCCUUGACAGAUUCUAAUUGCCUUGGUGACGAGGAUACCAGAGGAGAGCUCCAUAAAAUGCUUGUUCCCACUGUACUUAAAGAGCAACGGAGUAAUGCAGAGGAAGUGUCAUCUCUUCUUGACACUCGUGAAUGCCAGCUGAUAGGAAAAAAAGAUAAUGCCAGCUGCUCUAGUGAUUCUGAGACUCCAGGUCAUUCAAUGAAGAAGUCAGCAAAGUCACUUUUGUUUGAAAUCUGUGCUGCAAAUCGUUGGAAACCGCCUGUAUUCCAAUGCUGUAAGGAGACGGGGGCCGGCCACAUGAAGGAGUUUACUUAUAAGGUGAUCGUGAAGCCUGAUAGUUUGGAAAAUUGUUUCAUUGAAGCAAUCGGCAAACCAGCUGGUAAAAAGAAAGAAGCUGCGGAGCGUGCAGCUGAAGGGGCUGUUUGGUUAUUGAAAGAUCAUUUGGGAGAUUUAAAGGCCAAUCCGGACUUCUCAUCCAAAGUGCAUCCACUAGGUGUAGAACCGCAUAGAUCUGGAGGCACCAAGAUCAAACAGAUCAAGCAAAUAUCAUCUUUUCGUGACACUCGUGAAUGCCAGGAAACAGUCAACAAAGUUAUUAGUCGUUGCUCUAGUGAUUCUCAGACUGCAGGUUGUUCCAUGAAGAAGUCAGCAAAAUCGCAUUUGUUUGAAAUCUGUGCGGCAAAUCAUUGGAAACCACCUAAAUUUAUAUGCUGCAAGGAGACUGGGGCCAGUCACUUGAAAGAGUUCACAUAUAAAGUGAUCGUGAAGCCCGAUUUGGGAAAUUGUUUCAUUGAAGCCAUCGGAAAACCAGCUGGUAAAAAGAAAGAAGCUGCGGAGAAUGCAGCUGACGGGGCUGUUUGGCUCUUGAAAGAGCAUUUUUUUGUAGGUCAAAAUUUAUGGUCGUAGCUAGAAACAUGUACUGUUAGUCUGUUACAUUGUCCAGGAACGUUGGUUUACUUAAUAACUGAGUGUAGCGGUUUAUAAAUUAGGGUGUUGGCUUUUAGAAAAUGGGUGCGGGACGACCCAACCCUUAUCUGUCUGCUUUAUUAACUUUGUCUACUUAUUUAGUACCUGCUGGUCUAGCCUGGGUUUAGUAUUGCUUUUCUGUAAGUUUGCCCUGAGACUAUGAUGCUUGUAUCUAGUCUCCUCCGACGGGGUAUGCCCCUAUUUCUGUAA